UCAUAAUGAGGUCGCUCACUCGUAGCUUGCUGCCCAGCGGGAAGGACAGAAGAACCGGGAAACGGCAUGUCGGACCAGUCGGCGUUUGAGACGGACGUAUGGACCCUGACCCGGUUCGUCAUCGAGACGGGGCGCCAGGCUAAAGGGGCGACGGGUGAGCUGACCCAGCUCAUCAACGCCAUGCUGACGGCCAUCAAAGCAAUUUCAUCUGCUGUGCGUAAGGCAGGCUUGGCCCACCUGCACGGUCUGGCGGGCGCUGUGAACGUGACGGGGGACGAUGUAAAGAAGCUGGACGUGCUGUCGAACGACCUGGUCAUCAACAUGCUGCAGGCCUCCUACAGCACCUGCUGCAUGGUGUCUGAGGAGAACAAGGAGCUCAUCGUCACCCCCAAGGAGAAGCGGGGGAAGUAUGUGGUCUGCUUCGACCCUCUGGACGGCUCCAGUAACAUCGACUGCUUGGCGUCCAUCGGCACCAUAUUCGCCAUCUACAAACGGAUCUCAGAGGGGGAGCCCACAGACAAAGACGCCCUGCAGCAGGGCAACAACAUCGUGUGUGCCGGCUACGCCCUCUACGGCAGCGCCACCCUCGUGGCCCUCAGCACAGGCGCCGGCGUCAACUUCUUCACACUCGAUCCUGCCGUCGGCGAGUUCAUCCUGACUGAGAGGAGCGUGAAGAUCAAGCCCAAGGGGAAGAUCUACAGUCUGAACGAGGGCUACGCCAAGUACUUUCACCCCUCCAUCAAUGAAUACCUCAAACACAAGAAGUACCCCGAGGAUGGCAGUUCGCCCUACGGAGCGCGAUACGUGGGCUCGAUGGUCUCAGACAUUCACCGCACCAUCGCCUACGGAGGGAUCUUCAUGUAUCCGGCCAAUGAGAAGAGCCCAAAGGGAAAGCUGCGGCUGCUUUACGAGUGCAACCCCAUCGCCUUCAUCAUCGAGCAGGCCGGCGGCCUCGCCACCUCCGGCACUCAGAGGAUACUGGACGUUCAGCCCGAAUCGCUCCACCAGCGGGUGCCCUUUGUCGUCGGCUCACCCGAUGACGUCAACGAGUACCUGUCCUUCGUCAAGAAGUUCUCAUAAAGCUGCGGGAGCUUCGAUUGGCUCGACUUAAAGAACAUGAAGAUUCUUAAAAUGUGGUUUUCUCUGUCGUGACCUGAUGUUUUCUGCUUUAAUGGUAACAGGAAGAUAUUCAUUUGGUAUCUUUACAUUCUCAGCUAAAAGUUCAGUUUAACCUUAUAUAAGAUUUAUUGAUUUAUGAAUGUACCAGAGUUCGCUCAUAUAUGCUUCAUAAAAACAAAGAAAUAUGACACCA